AUGGCAUCUUCUUCUUCUUUAUCAACUCGUCAAAACAGCUAUGAUGUUUUCCCAAGCUUCUCCAGUCAAGAUGUCCGGAGAACCUUUCUCAGCCAUUUUCUUGAAGGGUUGAAAAGCAAAGGAAUUAAAACGUUCACAGAAAAUGGGAUCAUGAGGGGCGACUGUAUCAACUCUGAGCUCGAAAAAGCUAUUAAAGAAUCAAGGAUUGCCGUCGUGAUCCUCUCUAAGAACUACGUCUCUUCGAGUAAGUGUUUAAACGAGCUGCAACUGAUCAUGGAGUGCAGGGACACUCUUGGGCAGACUGUGAUGACAAUCUUCUACGAUGUAGAUCCCUCUGAUGUCAAAAAACAAACCGGAGAUUUUGGAAAAGCCUUCGAGGAAACUUGUCAUGGGAAGGCAGAAGAACAAAAGCAGAGAUGGAGUCAAGCUUUGACUCAAGUUGCUCUUAUUGCCGGAGAACAUUCUGUCUCAUGGUUGGUUUAG